AAUGGCGGACAUCGAAUUUGCAGCGGGGAGGUGAAUAUAUCACUGACAUAUUACUGAGUCAUAAUUUCGGUGUUACGAACUACUAUGUUUUUUAUGUGGAUCUCUUUAUAACGUAGCGCUUUAAAUCAUACAAUAAUUAUUUAUCCGUAAUAGACACAUCGUAAUCUUAUUUUUUUACAAUGGCUGCAACACGGAGACUUCAAAAGGAACUAAACGAUAUCAGACAAUCAGGACUGAAAUCUUUUAGAGAUAUCCAAGUUGAUGAGUCGAAUAUUCUAACAUGGCAAGGGUUAAUUGUUCCUGACAAUCCCCCGUACAACAAAGGUGCCUUUCGUAUUGAAAUAAACUUUCCAGCUGAAUAUCCAUUUAAACCCCCUAAAAUAAGUUUCAAAACAAGAAUUUAUCAUCCUAAUAUAGAUGAAAAAGGCCAAGUUUGCCUUCCCAUCAUUAGUGCAGAAAAUUGGAAACCAGCUACAAAGACUGAUCAAGUGAUUCAAGCUCUAGUAGCUCUUGUAAAUGAUCCCGAACCUGAACAUCCAUUGCGGGCUGAACUAGCCGAAGAAUUCCUUAAAGAUAGGAAAAAGUUUUCAAAAAAUGCUGAAGAAUUUACUAAGAAACAUAGUGAAAAGCGGCCUACUGAUUAGCAAUAAUAUGUAUUAUGAAUUUACAGCACACUUUGCCAAUUCAUACUAGAUUACUUGUAUUCAUACUUGUGGAUUCCAACUUUUUGAAUUUCCCCUUUAAAUUAAAUAGUAGAUUUUUAAUGAUACAAUUAUUUAAAUAUGCUAAUCUUAUCAUUCAAGUAAGUACCACAUUAUCCUAUUACUUUUUUUUCUGUUCAUUUUGUGGUUUUAAACUGAGGGAUAAAUACAAGUUUUCUAGAAUGUCGUUCAAUUUUUAAAAAAAUGCUGCUGUAUAUUCAGAAUGACUGUAACCAGAUAAUUUUUUUCAGACUUCCACAAUGCUUGCAAAAUUUGAGCACUAAGUAUAUGAACAAAAAAAAUUUAGUAAUUAGUAUAAAAUAGUAUAUGCUACUUUUUUAUAAUUGGUCAAACUUUAACUAAUAAGUUUUGUUUUAAAUCAUAUGCAUAGUUAAGUCUCCGCUUUUUAAUAUUUAUUUACAUUCUAAAGUCAACAUUCUCCAUAUUAAAUACCAUUUUGUUUCUGUAGAACAACAAUUAUUAUUUUGAUUUCUUGGCACUGAAUUUUAAAUCAAUAUUUGCUUUUAUUUACAAAUUUUGAAAUUGUGAUAAAGUUUCAAAGGCUGUCUAGCUUUGAAGGGGGCCUAUUUUAAUGUGGUACAUUAAAAAAUUACUCCACACAGUGCCUUUCCACAAUUAAUUGUAAGGUUUUGGUACCUCUCAAUAUGUCCACAAUUUUAAUAGGCUCCUAAUGCAAUCUGUAAAUAAAUGCUGACUUUUGUUUCAAAUAAAAUAAAUACCUUAUGCUUCUCUAUUAAACUUUUUUUUAUUUUA